CAGGCCUGCUGCUCUCUGCUGCAGAGAGAGGCUGUGUGACGUCAGCGAAGGCUGGAACGGUUCCUUGGUUGAAGCGGAAAAAAAAUGGGGAGAAGAUUGCGAGGACCUCAGGCAGGGGAACAAUGACAGAUGAAGUAAAAAGACCAAUUGAAUGUUGCCACUAUGUGUGCUCAUGUGACUGAGCUGGGCUCUUCCAUAGGACAUGGGAUCUCUCUUCCUCCUACCGACUUGCCGUUGUCACCCUGUUGCCAUGUUUUCACCAUGAGAGGAUCUGUCACAUGCUUGACCUCUGUGCCCUCAUACUGGCGCUACCGUUGUGCCGCAUGAGUGCCCCCUCUCCUCCUGCAGUUACUGCACGGAAUGGCCUCUCUGGACCUGCCAUACCGCUGUCCUCGCUGCGGGGAGCACAAGCGCUUCCGAAGCCUGUCGUCCUUACGUGCCCACCUGGAGUACAACCACACGUACGAGACCCUCUACGUCCUCUCCAAAUCCAACAGUGUAUGUGACGCUGCUGCUCUGCUGCCGCUAGUGGCUGAGGGAGCUAUCCUCGCACCUGCCAACAACAACGACCCUUUUGAGCCCCUGCGGCCUUCAGCUUUAAAGGAGCGGCACUUCCCUUGUCGUGAGCUUCCUUGUGCGGACGACCUGAGUUUGACCCCGGCUAACUCCAACACUGCAGCCCGGUAUAUUCCCAAUGUGGAGUUUCCCCUGGGGGAGAUUUUUAUGAAAAAAGCCAUGACAUCCGCAGACCCGGGUCCCCAUGGAAACCCCAGCACAGCUGUAGCAGUGGCAGCUAAUGUAGCGGCGAGUGCAGUAGAGGCGGCCUACGAAGAGGGCCUGGCCAGGCUGAAGGCUAGGGCGUUUGAACGGCUGGAGCUGGAUGAAAGGCUGGAGAAGCUGUCUGAAGAGGUGGAGCAGAAAAUAGCGGCCCGCGUCGGUCGUCUUCAGUCAGAGCUGGAGAGGAAGAGCUCGGAGCUGGAGCGGGCCAAGCUGGAGAGCGAACGGCUGAGCCAGGAGAAGCAAGACCUGGAGGACAAGGCCUCGGAGCUCUCUCGGCAGGUGGACGUCUCUGUGGAAAUGCUAGCCAACCUCAAACAGGAUCUAGUGAACAAGGAGCAGGAGCUCAAUCACAAACAACAGGAAGUCGCCCAGAUUGAUCAGUUCCUUCAGGAGACGGCAGCACGUGAAGCCAAUGCCAAGGUGCGGCUACAGCAGUUCAUCGAGGAGCUGCUGGACCGAGCAGACCGCGCCGAAAAACAGCUGCAGAUCAUCAGCAGCUGUGGCACCACGCCGAACGGCAGCCUGGGGCGCUGCAGCCUGCAGGCCUCAAAGGGCAAUGGACGCCAGAGAAACUCCAGCAACUCUGGGAGCACAAGAGGCAUGUACCAAGUGUCGGAACGACGUUCGUCCCCCAGCACAGGAGCAUCAGGGCGGAUCAAGUCUGUCUCACAGGGCUCUGGAGGUUACGACAGUGACAGCGUGGAGAUGCAUCCCAUGGAGGACUGUCCCGAGGCUCAGUUCUAUCAAAUGCAGUGCCGGCUGGGUGAGGGGGGUUACGAGCGCUCCCCUGGGUGUGGCGGUGGUGGAUCGCGGAACUGGGGUCUUCGUAAACAGGCUAUCCAGAACUGGCAGCGGCGACCCUACAGGAACAGCACUGAAGGCGAGGAAGGAGACAUAUCGGACGUGGGUUCCAGGACCACCGAGUCUGAGGUGGAGAUGUGGGAACAAGAGAGGAGAGCUGUGGCGGAAGUUCAGCAGUCUGCCCCUCCAUAUUCUCACCACGGCAGGGCAGGAUAUCGCCCUAACACAGGUCGGUCUGAUGGAGUUUACAACAAGCCAUGCCGACAUGAAAAGAGCCCGUCUAAAUCCAACGAGGUUAUCAGUCCAGAAAUUCUGAAGAUGCGUGCAGCUCUCUUCUGUAUCUUCACCUACCUGGAUACUAAAACCCUGCUGAGAGCCGCUGAGGUCUGCCGUGACUGGAAGUUUGUGGCUCGUCACCCAGCUGUGUGGACCAGAGUGCUGCUAGAGAACGCUCGCAUUUCCUCCAAGUUCCUGAGCACAUUGUCUCAGUGGUGCACUCAGACGCAUUCCCUCAUCCUCCAAAACCUCAAACCAAGACAGCGGGGCAAGAAGGAAACCAAGGAGGAGUACCUUAAAACCACACGUGGCUGUCUGGAGGAAGGUCUGGAGGCGUUGUUAAAGGCCACAGGAAGUAACCUGCUGAUACUGAAGAUUUCACACUGCCCCAACCUGCUGACCGAUCGCUCCCUCUGGCUGGCCAGCUGCUACUGCCGAGCUCUGCAGGCUGUGACCUACAGAAGUGCCACAGAUCCAGUUGGCCAGGAGGUGAUCUGGGCCCUUGGAGCAGGUUGUAGAGACAUCAUCUCCCUACAGGUGGCGCCGCUACACCCAUGCCAACAACCUGCCCGUUUCAGUAACCGAUGCCUGCAGACGAUCGGAAGAUGUUGGCCGCACCUCCGUGCCCUUGGUGUGGGCGGGGCUGGAUGUGGCAUUCAGGGGCUGGCCUCUCUCUCGAGGAACUGCAUGCGCCUGCAGGUGCUGGAGUUGGAUCAUGUGAGUGAGAUCAACCAGGAGGUGGCAGCAGAGGUUUGCAGAGAGGGCUUGAAAGGUCUGGAGAUGCUGGUGCUCACCUCCACACCAGUCACCCCCAAAGCCCUGCUCCACUUCAACAGUGUUUGCCGCAACCUGAAGUCUGUCGUGGUUCAGAUUGGUAUAGAAGACUACUUUGAGGACCCCAACAGCCCUGAAGCUAGAAAACUGUUUGAUGAGAUGGUUAAUAAGCUUCAGGCUCUGAAGAAGAGACCCGGCUUCUCCAAAAUCCUACACGUAAAAGCAGACAGUCUCUGCUAACAUCUUGUGUGCAGAUUUUUCAAGUCUUGUAGAGGGGCCAUCUUGGCUCCAGUCAAUCAAAAAGACCCAGCUGUUUUGAGCCCGCUCCACUGGGUUUGAAUACGUCUGCAGAAACAACAGAUGAUCGCCACGGUGAACCAGAACCAAGGCUCAAUGUGCAUACUCCACAAGUACAAACAAAAAAAACUCAUUCACUAUUCCAGUAAGGGGAAAUCAAUAUCGCCUUCAUGUUUCAUUAUGAUUAAAAGGGGAGGCUUAUUUGGACAAACAAUGGCAGUAUAUAUAUAUAUGCAUAUAUACCGGUAUAUAUACAUAUCAAAUAAGACAACAAAACUGUCAGAUUCCUCUUCCUCAUUUUCUGCUUUCACCGUACAAAUGGAUUGUGUCGUCGUACAGAGCCAAAUUCCUUUCUUGAAACGGCCGGAGCCAGGUGACAGCACUGUAUUUAACUGUCUGCAUCUCCGCAAUGCUUGACAUAUACUCAAGACUACCUUCAACACUGACAGCUCGUGGGCAGGAACACAUUAUAAAGAGUGCAUACUUUCCACAGGAAGUACAUGGAAUUGUGGCAGGAGUAAGAAAGUACAGAUAAAUUGAUUUCCCCAAGCGAUUUUGAGUUCUUAAGAGUCUCGAGAAAGGAGCUUUAUGUUUGUGUGUGUGUGUGUGUCGAGGAUUCAAUAAAUGGUUUUCCAGCUUGCCUGCCCCGCACUGCACUGUGUGUUGAAACUGUACAACUUUCAACACGUUCUGCUUUCACCCAGGACAGAAACAUGCUGCACCAGCUCCAGGCACAGUGGAGAGAGCAAGGACAGCCUCACUGUAACACACAGACCUUGACAGUCUUCUUAGCCAAUUGCAUGGCAGCGAUGCAUUUACCCUCUUCUACCAUCUUCUCUGCUUCCCGUAUGUGAACAGCGUCAUAUCACAAACCUGGACUCAGUGUUUCUUUGAUAGUUGUAUUUCUCUCAAAAACUGGUGCCAUUUGUAACAGUGUGUGUCCUCAUUCCAGUGAGCGUUUUCUCCAAUGUGCCAUUAAUGAGGGAAGAGGGACCAUGUACAGUAAGGCAGAUGUUUAACCUCUUCAAAUCAAAUGUAACUUGUUGGAAUUUGAUUUGAGUCUAAGCAGCUCUUACUGACCAUAAGGGUGUUGCGUUUCAUAUGGAACAUGGUUUCCAGGUGUAUACAGGUGUUUAGGUGUUUAUAUAUGAUGUGACUUUCAUACUUUACCAUACUAAUAACAGUGCCAUUCCUAUUAAUAGUGCUCAUCAUGGCCGAGGCCCUGAUCAAUCCUGAUUUAUAUUUUUUAUCUGACAUCCUCUGGCUCCCUCUGCUGGUUUUUCCCAAGGAUUUACACAGCCAACAGCCAGCUGGUGUGAUAUGUACUCUUUGCAGCAAGGAACAUGUAUCACCUUUACUAUUUUGCAGAACUCACAGUCUUUAGUAUCACCUUCAAAUUAGGGAUUUGAUUUGAUUCAAUCCAUGGCUACAAUUAAGUUAAACCUACAUUGCAGAAAUUCUCAAGAAGUAUGGGUAGCAAUACUUACAGUCCUGUACACUCCUCUGCUGCAGAUAACUUAAAGGGAGUGUUCCAACUAUUUUACACAUCAAGAUUAGUUUAUUAUUCAUAAGGAGUACUACUCAGUCUGUAAAAAAAAACAGUUGUAUAAUGUCUUCGAGCUCUGGAGGAGUCAAGUCUGAGAAAAUAACCCUCAUAACGCUUAUCUCAGCUUGGAAACUACAAAUUUAUAGCACAGAAAGCUGAAGAAGAAAAAGAAAAGACUAUUUAUGGGAAUUUUUGGAGCUUGACUAGGGACCAAAAGUCAUGAUUUUUCUGACUUUGCUGCAUUGUUUUAUUUUCUCUUGCGAGUCCACAAACAUUAUAAAAGUGCAAUACUAAAUCACUGGAGCUCCUAUUAGCCACCUAAUAUCACUUCACUUCAAAGAAAUUGUGCACACAGUUUUGAAACAGGUUGUAAAAUGAUUUACACAUCUGGCGGAACAUCACGUCUCUUUCCUUGCAACACGUUUACCGCAGGUUGCUUAACAAGUUGUUCAUUUAACCUUGCACACCACAUUUGUCUUUACAACACACGUUUGUGAGCGGAGUGUGCAACAGAGCACAGUGACAGUUUCCAGGAAGGCUGAGCAGGGGCCUGUCACAGGGGGCUCUUAAAAAUUCAAAAAGUCACUGACGCAGAGAGCUGUGAGCUGAUGUUUUUUGGGGUUCUCUGCUUUAUUGUCAAAAAAUGUUUGUGAGGACUAGUGUAGCUGCCUAUUGUAGUAAUGAUGUUCCAGGUGAAUGUGUGAGACCGGUUGUCGGUGUCCAUUCCUUCGUGUUCUUCCAGUACUGCAUAUUAUUAUCCUACACUGGUACUGAUUCGAUCGAGGGAAGUCGGUUUGUGGGAAAGGUGUAAAAACUUGGCUGACACAAUAGAGAAAACACAAAGCACUUGUUUAUUUUAAGUUUUAGACAAUCCUGCCUUCGCUAUCAGCUACUCUGUACAUAAUGUUUGUAAAAAAAACAAAAACAAGAAGAAAAAAAGGACCAACAUUUGAUGUUAUAUAAUAUUAAGGUCAUACUUAUGAGUGGAAAAAGUUGAAGUUUACAGGUCUUCAUUCUGUAAGCAUUUUUUCCCCAAAGUUGAAUGAAAGAUAAACAUAGAGAAUUAUAUUAUGUAUACUAGUAGUGUUGAAAUGCAGUUGUGUAUUAGAUACUUUAUAUUAAAUGUGCAUCAGAGUCAUAUAGAGAUGGAAAUUAUAUAAGAGGAUAAAGAUGAUAAUUCAGCUAUUUAUUUCUAUAAAAAAGAGCGAUGUGUAUAAUGUUGGCAUGUUUGUGUUCAAGCAUCAAUCAUUAAGUUGCCUUCUUAACUGUUCUGCUACUGUGACAAGAAAAUUAUUAGAUGUUUAAAGAGCUUUGAUUGCCUGCAGGUUAAUAACGUUUCUCUUUAUUUGAUUCAGUCUGUUGUUGCACUAGUGAGAAAAAAAAAAAGAUAUUUCAGAUGUUUAUUAUAAGAGUGUUGUUUUUAAUGUUCAGCUAUUUCUCAGUAUUUGACAAAAUAUGAUGCACUUUUUUUCCUGAACACUUUUAUCGGCCCGUUGGUCAUUGGUUUAGUCAGAAACGACGCUGGUUUCUGUCAGCGGGAUGCCUGGCGGCGCCUGCUGUUGUGGUAUGAAACCGAUCGGUUUCAUCCGAUCGGUUUCAUGGGAGGAAGAUUUUGGAAAUACAGCGAUUACAUAUAAACUUGACUGAACAGAAGUACAGUUUCUCUUACACCAUCUCUCAUAUCUCAUCAGUUGGGAAGUUAAAGAUUGAAACUGAUUCAACUACAUUCAAGUGCUUUUUCGGUUUCAUUGCCAAUAUGACCUUAUGCUCACCUUUGUCUUUGUUUUCGUUUUGCAUUAUACUGUAGAUUUCACACUCAUACAUUUGCUCCAUCGUGAAAAUGGACCUGCUAAACAUGUAAACUGCAGAUUAGAGGUGCCAAGAAUAAUUUUUGGCUUACAUCUCAAUUCUCUGCCUCUCCAAAUAUAAAGCAGAAUCAUUUCUAAUCUAUUCAUUUUGAUUCAGAAGCUGAAGCAUCACUUAUAAACCAAGGUGCUUCCUCAUGUUUAUUUCAUCAUUUCAUAAUUCAAAUCAAGUCGUAUUCCUCUUCUGUUGCAGUUCCAUAUCAUGUAUCAUACUGUGCAAUUUAAAAAACAGUGUCUGAGUGCUCAUGUACCUCUCUGUACAUAUCUUAUGUAUGAAUGAUUGUACUCUGCCCAUUCAUCUGAAUAGUAUUUUACACAUUACCUCAACACUUAUCUGGGCAAUUAAGUGUGCAGUUUGUCUUUGUAAUCUUUUUUCAUUUCUGACUGUCAUAGACAGGUAUGCCAAUUGACCCAUGAACUUCAUCCAUGUUGCUAUAACGACAAAAUAGAUUCUGUCGCUAAAAAAAAAAACGUUCCCAAAAGAUGAUCAGCCUUCU